CGGGCGAUCCCAAUAUUUUCCCGCCCGAAGUUCCCUCCAUCUAUAUCCCGAUCAGGUUUUUCAUCUCAGCUCAAGCACUAUUUCAAACAUAUAUGAUAGGCAUUCCCAAAAUCCAUCCAAACCCUAACAACCAAAAUCCCUCCCAUUUCUCUAGAUCUAUCAAUGGAGGAGCCGACCAACGAAGACGCAGCUGCUGUAAUUAUGGAGGUGAAAGACAAUUCCACCCCACAUUCUCAGAGAAAAAACCCCCCUCGUCGUAAACUUGUUCAGUCGACACUUUUUUCACAUAAACCUCAAGUUAAUGAAAUCAAUGUCCCGUUAAGUCAAGAGACCCAUGAAGAUCUAAAGGAAAUAGGUGAUUGUAGUAGUCCAAAUGGUAAGAGGAAGAGAAAGGGGAAAGGAGGAGGAAGUGCCAAAAAAACUACUCCGAAGAAGAAAGCUCCUGAUUCAGGAAAGGAGGCUGCAGCUGCUGGCACAGCAGAAGACGGGAGCUCUCCACUAGCUGCUGGUAAAAAGAGCAAUAGGCGGGCAAAGGAGAAGUUGCAGGGGGAUGCUUCCCCUUGUAAGGUCAUAACACCUGGUAGCUCCAAGGGAAAAUGCCGUCGACAGCUAAUGACUAAAUGCCCAUCGGAUGCUGCAGAGGGUCAAACUGAGCACGCUGAAGUACCAGUUAUUGAUCUAAGGUUGGAGGCAAAAUUAGCUGCUGAGGAAAAUGCAAAGCUUUUUGCCGGAAAACAAACUCAUCCAUUUUUUUCCGCACGGAAACUUGAUAAAAGGUCUCAAGAGACUGUGUUGGCAACUGAACCGGAGAGUAAGUCGUGUUUGGUUCUGCCAGAUGAUUUUCAUCCUCCAAUUCAUGUAUUUGAGAAGCUACAGGCGCAGGAGGAUGUCUUACUAAAUUGGACGAAGUGGUCAUUUUGUGAUGAAGCCUUGAUAAGUUCCAAUAAUGCUCCAGAAACCGCAAGUUUUUCAGUCUUUGAAGGCUCUGUGAAGCCCUUAUCAUUUAAUGACUUUCUUACGGUUCCAAAUUUCGUUGAGACCUCACCACCUAAGAAUGAUAUGUCUUUGAAUCGAUGCUGUCAUCAAGCACAAAUGAAUUCUAUGUAUCCGGUAACUACUCCGACUUCAGCUGGUUUGAAGGCUCAAGAGAGGAAUGAAGUUGAUUUGUCUGUGGAAUGUACAGAUUCCAUAAAUAACUCGUUUGUUGAGCAUCACGAUGGGUUUUCUCAGGAAAGAAUGCCAUCAUAUAAUAUCUGUACUGGUAGUCAGCCUGAUAGUAGCUUAUGGGCAACCAAAUACCAACCACGAAAGGCUUCUGAGGUGUGUGGUAAUGGUGACUCUGUGAAGUUUCUUAAUGAGUGGCUGCAGUAUUGGCGUCAAAAACGCCCUCAAACCAACAAGAACUCUGCUCUUAAUGAUAAAGUUAUCACUCUAGAUAGCGAUUGCAGCUCAGACGAGAACUAUUCCGACGCAGAAAGUGUUGAUGAAGAAGGACUUAAGAAUGUUCUUUUAGUUACUGGACCAGUUGGGAGUGGGAAAUCUGCUGCUAUCUAUGCGUGCGCCAAAGAACAAGGGUUUGAAGUUAUUGAGGUCAGCGCAUCUGAUUGGCGGAAUGGAGCUCAUGUGAAACAAAAAUUUGGAGAAGCAAUGGAGUCACAUCGUUUCUCAAAAUGGUCGUCAGAGGAUUCUGCAGGCUCACAGAUAAAGAAUUUCUUGUCUUUUUCCUCUGUUCAGAAUGGCAACUCCUCAGAUACUCUGAACACCGAUGUUGUUGAGGUGAUUUCAGAAACAUGCCUGGAAGAGCCAGAGAUUGUAGAAGUAGAAAGGGAAAACUUAAAUAUCUGUAAUCGGGUUACAAAUAAGAGUCUGAUUCUCUUUGAGGACGUGGAUACUAUUUUCGAUGAAGAUCGAGGUUUAAUCUCUACAAUACAACAACUUGCAGAAAAAGCAAAGCGUCCUAUGAUACUCACAUGCAAUAGUCAGGAUCCUGUCCUGCCUUAUCAGUUGGAUAGACUAGAAGUGCGUUUCGAAGUUCCAUCAAGCGAGGAACUUCUAACAUGUUUACAGAAGAUCUGUACGGCAGAAAAUGCUGACAUUCCAACGUUGUUACUCGAGCGAUUUCUUGGGUGCUGUGAAGGUGACAUUCGGAAAACCAUUAUGCUGCUUCAGUUCUGGUGCCAGGGUAUAAGAAAUAAAAAAGAAAGGGAACUCCAGCUGUCUUAUCCGCUACAACUUGACCUUGAUGCAUGGCAUUGGGUACUACCGAAGGUAAUACCUUGGGGCUUUCCUUGUCAACUAUCGGAAUUAGUGGACAAGGAAAUAACCAAGUUGUUCACUACGUCGAGACAGAGUACCUCAUUGCUAGAGAUAGUAGAGGAAGAAGAGCUUAGCCUUGAGAAAAUGCAGGAUGCCUGUGAGAUAGGUUAUGACAAUGAAACGGAUAGUAUUGUGGCUAAAAAACAAGCUAUGUUAAGUAUGAACGGAUCUUUGCACGAAGGCAAUGGUUUUUCCACUCAAUUUAAUGGUGUUGCUGAGUUUUCCCAUUCGUCAGGAUCCCCAGUUGCAUUUACUCUGCAUAACGCAAAGAAAAGCCAAAGUACAGUAUUUUCUUCCCUUUCUGGUGAUGAAUGCACUGAAAAUAUUCCAGCAGCUUCACAUAUAAUGCCGAAUUAUCCUGAUGAUGAAAUGCCAGGGGAUGAUUUUUGUAAAUACCUAGCUGAUCUAACGCCUGUCCAAACUUCCGUAGACGUAUAUACAAGCCAGCAACACUACUUCAACGGAGAACUAUCAGAAUUAAAUUUGCUUAGAUAUUCUGAAACAGAAAGUCAACAGAUGUGUGACACAUUUAAAUCAGUAGAUGUAUCGUGUGUGCCUGAAUCUUCUUAUGUUGCAGAGACUGAAUUUAACGGAGUAGGGUGUAAUUCCAAUACAGUAUGCUACGGCGAGGCUUCUGUUUCUUUCGGAGCAGUUUCUCUGAAUGGUGCGAAUUCAUUUCCAUGUUUUUCCAUGGAUGCUAACAACCCAGAUGCAGAUAAUAUUUCUGAUACCAUAGUAAGAACUGCCAAUGAUAGAGACGCAGAAACAGCUCAUGAAGAUGAGAAAACAGGAGAUACACAUAUUGAACACUGGGAGAGUCCAAUCAGAGGAUAUCAAGGGAUGGAUGAGUGUAGUCGUGCAGAUUUUAACAAGACUUCAACCUUAUUUGAAGAGGAUAGUUGCCCGGAGGAGAUUAAUCCAGUUGAAGAAGCAUGGAAAAAGUUACGUUGUUGUCGGGAAGAUCUAAAGCCGCAUGUCACCUCAGAAAUGAAAGAAGCUUCUCAGUUUCAAGCACUUGUUUCUGGGAUGGCGGAUCUAAUCUCAGAAGCUGAUCUGAUGCUUGAUUGCUGUCAACCUCUUUUAAGUGACUUCAUUGAGAUGCCGAUGGUAUCAAAUGUGGAACCAGACACCGCCUACUGGUCUGACAAGCAAUUGGAGAUGGCAUCAACAGUAGUGCAACAUGGCCUUGGCUACUUUGCGAAGGAAUCUCGUAAGUGUGGACCUAAUUUUGGGUUAAAGAAGACGGUAGAUUUAGCAUGGGAGAUGUUCGCCUGCACAACCAAUACAACAGAACUUGGUAAGGUCCUUACACAGGACCUGACCGCAAGUCAGAUUUCAUGUGUUGGAAGAGGUUCAGAGAAUGGGCCACUAAGAGCUGUUAUUUCUUCUAAAAGUGGAGUACAGGAGCAUCUAAAUAAUACAAUUCAGGGUUUGGUUCCUUCAAGACUGUUGUUGGCAUUGAGAGGUUCUGCAUUCAGCGAUUAUGUAUCUUCCCUUUGCCAGAUUUCCAAAUCCGAAGCUUCUCGGUUGUCAAAUAAUAUUGAUAAACCGACGAACCGACGCAGGGGGAGAGCGGCUCGACACUACCUGAGUGCCGGCCAACUGAUGUUGUCUCCUGAAGAUGUGUCAUUACUGGCUCAACAAAACUGUUACGGCAAGGUGUCAGGAGAAUAAAACCUAUACAAUUUAACAUGUUUUGUAUUUAUCUAUGCUAUUAUCACAGAAGAGUGUUAAAGAAGGCAGCAAAGCACUUCAUGAGACAACAAUUUAGUGGAGCAGCAGUGACCCAAAGUACCUUACAAAAGCUGGAUCACGCAUGUGCCGCUUAAACUGUGUGUAGGGGGUGGAUGUCUGACCUGUGAAGUCCAAGUACAAUCUCACCCCCAUUGAAGAAUUAGAUUUAAAAAGUGUAAUUAGGUUCUUAAAUCAUGUGUUAAUCACUCUGAUAUCUAAAUUAUUGAACGUGAUUCAAUUUAGUUAGUCUCUAACAAGUAACAAGUGUUGUAGGACAAUAAAAUUUAUAAAUCCACAAAUGGGUAUAAGCCUU